CAGGACUACUACGAGUACGACGACUACUACGACGACGACUACGUCGAUGACUACCACUUGACGACAACGACGACGACGACGACAACCGUCGCUCCCAAACGCAGACGCGGACGAAGACGUUUCCGACGCCCGCCGCAGACGACACCCUCGACGACGACAACCUCCACGACGACACUGUCGCCCAACUACAAGCCCCGUCCGGACGGCCGGGUCAUCGACUACAUGGCUGACCCCAACUUCCCGUACGAAUUGCGCAAACCUCUCGUCGAUUUGACGGAAUACCCGUUCUAUGUGUCGAUCCCGGACUCGGACUUCUCGUGCAAUGGCCGCCACAACGGCUACUACGCGAACAUCGCCCUCCGGUGUCAAGUGUAUCACCACUGCUACGUGGGUCACCAGCGCUACGACUUCUUGUGUCCCAAUUACACGCUCUUCGAUCAGACGACAUUCACGUGUCGUUUCGUCAAUACUGUCGACUGUUUGUCGUCCGAAACGCAUUACAACCGAAACGACGAGUUAUACGUCUUGUCGACCACACCGCUCCCCCUCCCGCCCCCCGGAGGCGUCCACAACAACGCGACCCACUCUUCACGCAAUUAAUACUCAAAUUCUCUCUUUUAUUAGACUUUUGUGUAAAUAAUAGACAAGUUUUAAGGCUUUAA